AUGCUCGGUGGCGUCCUCCUCCUCCUGCUCCUCCUCUCAGGUGUCUUGUUUGCAGGGGGGGCGGCAGCUGAGGAGAACUGCAGUUAUCAAGAUGUUUUAGACCACCUGAACCUCACCCAAAGGUCCAAACUGUUCUACAUGAACCGACCUGUUCAAAACUACAAGACGCCCACAGAGGUCCACCUGGAUUUGCUGCUCUAUGCCAUUCUAGAAGUGAAAGAGAAGGACCAGAAAUUCGUCCCUUACGUUUGGACCACAAUGUGGUGGCAAAAUGACUUUGUCAGUUGGGAUCCCGAUGAGUUUUGUGGUAUUAGCUAUUUGUCCAUUCCCAAUGAAUUAAUGUGGAAGCCAGAUAUCACGAUUGUGGAGAUGACAGAGAGGGACAACGCCCCUCCCAGUCCUUAUAUCACCCUUACAUCUCAGGGUAACGUGGAGAUUGUGAAUGAUCAGGUCCUGACCAGCACCUGCAGGAUGCAGAUUUACAAGUUCCCCUUCGACACUCAGAGCUGCAACCUCACCUUCAAGUCAUUCAUUCACUCUGACGAGGAAAUCAAACUGGUCCAUCACCUCAGCUCUGCACAGAUCACUGAGGAGUCUCGAGACGUGAUGAGGAUCCAGUCUGAGUGGCUGUUCAUCAACAUCACAGUCUCCAGCAUAACAAACAAAAUUUUUUUGCACAGCCAGACCUCGGUCAUUUACACAGUCAACAUGAAGAGGAGGUCGGCCCUCUACAUCGUCAACUUCAUCCUUCCUAUCCUGUUCUUACUCUGUCUGGACUUGUCCUCCUUCAUGAUCUCGGACAGCGGCGGCGAGAAGCUGGGCUUCAAGAUCACCGUGCUGCUCGCCAUCACCGUCAUGCAGCUUAUUCUGAAUGAAAUUCUGCCGUCAUCGUCAAACAGCAUUCCACUGAUCGCGGUUUACUGUAUCGGGGUUUUUAGUCUGAUGAUGCUCAGCCUCCUGGAGACGGUUCUGGUGAUGUAUCUGAUCGAGAAAGACUCGGCGCCACGGGACGACGAGACGGAAGAAGAAGGCAAACAAGAUUCAAAUAAACAGUUUUACUCAUACCAAAAAAGCAGCAGCCGACUGAUGGAGGAGAGUCACGUCUCAGAAAAUCUGUUGGACGAGAUAAAAGCUUUGAAUCUGCUCCUGAAGAGCAGAGGAGAAGAACCGAAACCUGGAUACUGGACCCGAGUGGCACAAAGAGUCAACAAGGCUUUCUGCGUGUUCUACCUCAUCUCUGUAGCACUAUUUUUAAUCUAUAUGUUCUUAAAUUGGAACUAUGACCUGUAG